CUCAGACUCAGAGAGCUUGCACCCCUUGACGCAAAAGGACCGUCACCAAACAUCGCAGGAAAGCAAUAAUGGCGGGAUUUUAUACGCUCCAUCCUUCUCAUCCUGAUGCCAUUUACGUUUCUCGACAAAUAUUGGAAACCACGCAGGCACAAACUAAGCACAUCAACAUCAUAAGUGUGCGAUUGAUCAACAACCCCACCUUGCGGUACCGUUACGAAUGCAAAAAAAUGGCAAUCCAGAAGAUGGUCGGCCCCUCCAGGGAGAUGCUGUUGUGCCACGGCUCACCCUUCUGUUACGAUAUCGCAAACGAGGGAUUUAACAUCGCAUACUCCAGCCCGGGAUGCCUUUUUGGCAGAGGAAUCUACCUCACACCUCACUUCUCCAAAGCUAACUACUAUGCAUUCAGUACGCAGAGGGGCUGUUAUUCGCACAAUAACAAAGCGUGCCUGUCCUGCGUGCGCACCGCUCUCUUUUGUUAUUGCAUUUUGGGCCACGAAUUGCACCCAGUCGAGCCCACUUAUUGUGAUACCAAACCAGAGUCUGGAUACAACAGCAUCGUGGCCGAUCCCUAUUCCAAUCCCAGCAUCCAGCGCUUCCUGCAGGACCCUGUGUAUUGCAUCCUCAAUGCUGAUCAGGUGCUGCCGUUCAUUAUUGUGGAAUACAGAAUUCGCAGUUUCUACGAAGCAAUGAUCCCCCGUCCUAUACCUAGCAGGCAUUUUGAAAAUUAUAGGCCGGGAUAUUACUAGCCCCAUUCCUUGCGCAAUGCACGGUCAUAUGAAGGUUCCACCAGGUUGCUAUUUUUAUAGCCUCGUGGCUCAAUUUUUAAAAACCCGGCGUACAAAAAAGUAUGGCCAUGAAAAAUAUUUUUAAAACUAAUUUGGGAAAUGGACUUUUUCAAUAUGUUUUAACACUUGAUCAAGGCAACAUUCCACAAACUUACGCGGUCCGGUAAAAUUUUAAAAAUUAAGUUUGUGAUAUUAAUGCGUAGCUCUCUGCUUACUCAGUGGGUAGCGAGCUGUUAAUUAUUCCGUAUUUUUACUGAAAUGUCCUGCUCAGGUAUUUUGGACUGCUAGGGAGCUAGGUGCAGCUCAAGUACUUAAAUACCAUGCCUUAUUAACUAAAAGGAAGGCAAAUCAAAGUGAUUUAUUGUGUAAUUAGUGCACGUUAAUAAAUUUCUAGUGAAAUAUUAAAUUUGUGGCACACAUUAUGAUCACAACCUCUGUAAUUUUGGAUUGUUAUUUGUCUGUUGUUAUAUUCCAAACACAGAUAAAUAAAAUGUU